AUGGCGGAGCUCGAGAUGGUGCUGGCCUCCUUGUGGCUGGAGUUCCGCGCACGAAGCAAAACACUGCACCGAAAUAUAAACAAGCUUCUAUCGACGAGGGUCCCUCGCAAGCUGCUGUAUCUCGUGACAGGCGUCUUCUGCAUCCUGCUGUUCGCAGUCGUGGGCACAGAUGUUCGAGAAGAACAGGAGCUCGAGUUUAGCGGAACAGGGCAGCUGUAUGCCCGUCCCCCGGUUCGAUCGUGGUGGUCAGUUGACGGACGUACCUGCGACUGCACGUGCAUUCCGCCAACAAUAGGUGUUCCCGGCGAGCAGCCUCCCACCGACGGUCCCGUCCUCACCCGGGACUACUACGAGCCCGGGUUCAAGAUCCCCUCCGGUUACCUAUGUGCCGACGGCGGCGACGGCGUCCAACUCGUGAUGAUGGUGCAGAGCCGACCGAGUAAAGCCGCCGUCCGGCGCACACUGCGCCGUACCUGGGCCCGGCCCGGCAUCCAGAGGACAGAUGUGGUACUAGCCUUCCUCGUGGCACGCACCAACGACUCGGCCGUCCAGGAGAGCAUCGAGAAGGAGGCCGACAUCUUCGGCGACAUCGUGCAGGCCAACUUCGUCGACCACUACAACAACCUGACGCUCAAGUCGCUGGCCACGCUCGAGUGGGUGGACACGUUCUGCCCCAAGGCGAAAUUCGUCUUGAAGGCCGAUGACGACCUCUUCAUCAACUUCAACAACCUGAUGCAGUUCAUCGAGUACCACCAGGACAAGAGGAACAUCAUCUACGGCAACUUGGUCUCCAGUCCGAAGCCGGAGCGCGACCCGAAGUCAGUGUUCUACGUCAGCGAGGCGAUCUGGGACCAGCCCAUGUUUCCGCGCUACAUGGGCGGACCGAUGUACCUCAUCAGUACCGACGCCGUGUGUGGGAUCUUCCAGCACCUCAUGAAGCGGCCCUACCUCUUCAUCGAGGACGUAGCCGUCACCGGCAUCGGCGCGCAGGGGGCGGGCGUGGGGCGCCGGCGGGCACCAGAGAUCUACACCUACCCGGUACCCAGUAACAACACGUGCCUGUUCCGGGCACUGCUCGGCGCGCACCAGAUCCCCACUGACGACUUGGUGGACAUCUGGCGCCGAGUGCACGACCCGGACAUCGCCUGCCGCAAGUACUCGCCCACCCUCUGGGACCACUGCAUAGACGUGGCGGAGCAGGCGCCUCUGCAGGACUGCAUAAUGGCGCUCAACACGACGGCGGAGAGUGCCUGACCGGCACUGAACGGAGGGCGAGCUUGAUAAUCAAACUCAGGGCCAACUCAGGGCUUAAGGCUGAA